AUGAAGGGGUACCCAGAUCAGCAGGUGCCGUUCACCCUCCCGCGGACGGCUCCGGCUGCCGGAGCUGUGCUGGGCUCCAGGAAGGGAGCUGGGGACUCGGGCUUGCAGCCGGCGCAACACUCUGAAGACCUCUUCCAGGACUUGAGCCAGUUCCAGGAAACUUGGCUGACGGAAGCUCAGGUUCCAGACAGUGAUGAGCAAUUUGUGCCUGACUUUCAUUCAGAAAACUUAGCUUUUCACAGUCCUGCUAAGGUUAAAAAGGAGCCAGAGAGUCCCUCCUCGGACCCCGUGCUGUCCUGCAUCCACAAGCAGCCCUUCCAGUACCACAAUGGCCAGCAGGGCCUUUAUGGCAGCUCUUUGUACCAGCCAGCUGUGGGGAUCGGCCCUUCUUUCCUCUCCUCCCAGAGCAUGGCCCAGGAAGACCCCCCUGCCUACCAGCACCAGAUGUCCAAGUCCUGCCUCCAGUACCCUCCUCAGGGAUUCAAACAGGAGUGCCAUGACCCACAGUAUGAGCAAGCAAGGCACCAGUACCCAGGAGCUGCAGUGAUCAAGCAGGAGCAGGUGGACUACAUGUAUGAUUCAGAUGUUCCUGGAUGUCCUUCCAUGUACAUAAAUGUUGAGAGUUAUCCAAGCCAUUCCAAUACAGAAGAUACAUUAGGCUGCAGCUAUGAGAAACAGCUGAGGUCCUUUACUGAUGACAUCUGUGUUGUUCCAGAAAAAUGUGAAGCAGAAGACAUCAAACAAGAAGCUGGAGGGUACCGGGAAGGGCCUCCAUACCAGAGACGAGGAUCUCUCCAGCUCUGGCAAUUCCUUGUGGCUUUAUUGGACAAUCCGACCAAUUCCCACUUCAUUGCCUGGACUGGUAGAGGGAUGGAGUUCAAGCUCAUUGAGCCAGAAGAGGUGGCCAGGCUGUGGGGCAUCCAAAAGAACCGUCCAGCCAUGAACUAUGACAAGCUGAGCCGCUCUCUUCGCUACUAUUAUGAGAAAGGCAUCAUGCAGAAGGUGGCCGGUGAGCGUUACGUGUACAAGUUCGUCUGCGAGCCCCAGGCCUUGUUCUCCCUGGCCUGCCCCGAGCGGCUGGCGCCGAGGGCAGACCCCGACUGCCAGCUCAGCGAGGAGGACACAGUGCCUCUUUCUCACCUGGAUGAGAGUGCCACUUACCAGAUGGACCCCAGGAGCCUUCCUCCACAGCUUUACAGCAAAGGCUACAUGUACUAGCAGUGCUGGGAGCAGACUGUGCCUGGACUCUGCUGAGUCUGCUCAGGGCAAGCAUUGAUCCAGGACAGCCUAGAGCAGCACUGAACUACAGCUGACUGCUCUGAUCAGAAGUGCUCAGGUACACAUCUGGAUAAUCACCUGACAGUUGACAAGGCUUGCAUGUGCUUGUGAUAAGGGUAGGACUUGUUCUCAGCAAUGCAGACAUCUGGGCACCACUGCUGCAGCUCCAGCAGCACAUCAGGCAAUGCUGCCUCCAGUCACCACAGAUGGGCCUGUCCCAGUCCCCCUCUGUGGCGAUGGACAUGCUGUCCUACUGGGCUUUUGUCCAGGUGUGAGGAUGCUACAAUGCUGCUGCUGGCUCCAUUUCUCCAACACAUGUACUGAACCUCUGUGCAGCCUGCUCUCAGCAAGGGAUGCCUCUAACCCACAUGGACCACCUCUGCAAGGCCAGUUGUGCCUUAUUCCCAGAACUGCUGGAACAGUGGCCACAGAUCAUCCACCUUCCCUGUGAACAGGGAAUACUUGUAUGUGCAUGCUCCUGUCCUAUCUCCUGUUUGUAACAGUGUGCCAGAGACAUCUGGUAUUUAGGCAUUCUGUCUGAGCAGGGUAGCUGGAGGGAUGGGCCAGGAUUAGAGCAGUCCUGGAGUACAUGGCCCAAGACAUAAUUUAGGAGAGCUGCCUGACUGCAUUGAUCUGGGACACAGGUCAAAGCAAUUAUCCCCUUGAGGAAGGAGGAUUGCAGGAGGGAGCAAGGCCUGAGCCAGUAGGUCAUA